AUUUCUAAGAAUCGAACAAUCCGAUUGGAAUGGACGUUGUCAGCUAGGCUUAUAUGUCUUAAUUGAAUUGUGCCAUAAUUAUGGAGCCUUUUUAUGCAACAGGUAUGUGCAGUGCAUGCAUGUGUGUGGGACAGUGGUCACUCAAUCUCAUGCAUGGCUGCAUACAUAAAACUGACAUGCAUGUGACCUUAACUUACAUAGAUCUUCUACCCUGUGAAGUGUAAUGAGAAACUAUAAUACAGCUCUUUUUGGGGAUAUACUAGUAAGAAUUUGGUGCCAGUGUGCAUGAAGCAUUAGAGAGAUUAGCUGCUGCAACUUAGAAUCUCUAUAUAUCGAUCUACACUCUGGCAAAGACUGCAUGUAUAAGUCUGUGAGAGGUGCAAAAUGACAACAAAUAUUGGUAACGUUGUAUUGGUGAGCUGCAACGAGCAGCUAGUUACUCACUUCGCUUCAGAUCCUAGAGGAUACGCUGGAGUUUUGUUUCAAAACCAUCUGAUAUCAGAAGAAACAAAUCAGGAAAUCCAGCUUGACAAGACAAACACGGCAAAAGCCAGGAUGCUAGUACUAGAAUUGCAGGCAAAAGUCAAAAGUUUUCCGGGAACUUAUGAUAAAUUCAUUACAAUACUUCGGGAAAGGAAUGAGCGACAUGAUGAUGACCUCAUCUCAGCGCUUACAGAUAAGUACAAGGAGUUAGAAGCUGUGGAUCAAACAAACUCAGCAGAAACUGAAGUUCCAGUAGAACCACAGAGGAUUGUUGCAACCAUGGACUACGAAGAUCAAGCAGGUGGAGAAUUAACACCGAGAUCUGUCAGUACAAGCUCAUCUGGAAUCGAAUCACUCACGGCUUCUGAUUCUAAUACAGAUCGGACAUUUUUUAACUUCCAAUGCGGCUGUGGAAAGUGUACCAUCUUGGGUCAUGUCACUGGCAGGGAUAAGUGUUUAAGCUCCAAGCCACCUCAAAUUAAAAGAUUCACUCGUGACACUCCUUGUAGUGAAAACAGAGUAUCAUCCACAGAAAUCUCUUAUAGUACGUUCAAGACAGCCCUACAUAAUGAAACACAAAACAUUCAUUCGAAGUUUUGUAGCUUACUCACAAACACGAUUACGAAUCUGGAAAAACAAUAUGACAUUACUAAAGUGAAGCAGUACGUCCAGGCACUUUUAACACCACAAGGAUCGUAUUUCAACAAAAUUUAUCGCAAACCUUCUGAAGAGAUUCUGAUCCGUGAUGUUACCAGUUUUAGCGAAUUGUCUGACUACUUACAGAAUAAUUUCUGCUCUUGGUUCAAUUAUUCACUCAUUUCCGCAAUACGAGAAGAAUUUCUUUUCUCGAAUAAAAAUGAUCCAUCUUUAGUGAGAUAUGAGCAUUUCUUUCAGCAAUAUAUUAAUCGACGAUGUUUUCUAUUUGUUGAUGACUUUGGCCCUCAACCGUCUCACAUUGAAUCAGUGGAGAUAACAUGUAAGAUCGAUGUUGACUUUGAUGCAAUCACCUUCGAUCAAAUUCAAAAAUUGAAGUUAGUUUUUGUGAAUUGCUGGGGACAACUACUACCACACCAAGUUCUGAAUUUGAAGCAUGUUCAAGAAGGCUGUACAGAGCUGGUGUUUAGAGUUCCAGCUUAUUUUAGGCAUGUUUACAGCCAGUUGAGUCCUGAACAAAUGCAGCACCUGAAAGAAAAUGCAUUCAUUGAGGUCAAAAUUGGUCAACAAGUAAUAUUGAAGGCAGAAGGUGAUUCAACAAAGAAGCUGCUAAAAGCGUUUGGCCAAGAUGGUGGUGACCCGACUUCUGCCUUAGCCUCACUGAUAGGGCUUGAUUCAACACUUGAUGUCAGUUCAAUCAGGGACAGUGAUGGAAUGACCCUUCUCCAUCUUGCCUGUCGCUGGGAUUGGUCAAAAUGGGGACUCUUAGUCACCCAAUUGGUCGAAACACACCAUCAUAAUGUCUCAGUUGUGAAUGAAGAUGGAGACACACCUCUGCACACAGCUGCUCGAUUCAACAACGAAGGAGCUGCCGAAUAUCUUCUUGAGCUCAGUGAUGUCAACGCUAGAAAUAACGUUGGAUUAACUGCUUUUGACAUUGCACAUCAAAAGCAACAUCGAAACGUUUUGAGAGUGCUGGUCGAGUGCGAUGAAAUAUUUGCAAACAUGAGUGUUUAUGAGUCAGACAAACCCAUAUGCAUUAACGCAGAUGCAUUGCCAAUGUCUCCCAGUGCAGAUGACACCACAAGUACUCAGGAGGACGGUUUGAAUUCAAUGACUAGUGCAUCUACAGUGGAUGCUCUCUCAUCAGCAGUCAGUGCCAGCUUAUCAUAUCAAAGUCGGGCUGAAAGGUAUGGCUAUACCAUACAAUCAAGAAAUCUUCGACAUGAUACUUCAGAGCCGAGUCAACGAUGUACUCCAAUUGAUGAGACAACAGCUUCUGAAUCAGAGUAUAUUAAAAAUCCUCAACUGUCUACAAUUCCUGAAAAAGAUCCUCCCACAUACAAUGAUGUGGUUUCUUGUUCUCCACAUGUUCGUUCUCCUGCAAAGACUUCUCUCCAGCGGCAAUCUACUACCUUGUCACGAGGUUCAGAAAUCAUAAAGGAACUCCGCACACAACCCAAUGAUUCAAACUCUGAGGUUGACCUUAUAAUUACUGAUUCAAAACAAAAACAUAAGCGGGAUACCAUAAUGGCCAGAUGCCUCGACUUUGCUAACAACCACAGUGAUGUUUGGACAUCCAGGGUAUUUUGUCGAUGCUGUACUCUGACUACUUAUGGAAGCCUAAAGAGAACAUUUAACUUAUUGUUAUUCUUUUUUAUUAUUACUCUCUUUGCAUUAUCUUCUGCUUCUGCAUUGUUCUCCACGAUAUUAUUAAGCCCAAAACCCAAUCAUGGUUCAGUACAUAUCACUCAACUGAUCCAGCAGUCAGUACUACCUAUAGCUCGAGUCGGACCGAAUGUAACGCAACUAACAAUUAACGAGAUCACUAAUACUCAGAUUAUUCCGAUUUACUUCAACAUCAGCAAUUGUGAUGAUAUCAGAAAAGAAAAUACCACAAUAUACGAGGAAGGGGUUCUCACUCCAGAAGAAAAUACCCCAAUUUAUGAGCUCUACACACAAUAUAACACCUUUUUGAGGCUAGAAAUUCAAGUAUCUGCUGACUAUAACAGCUCAGAAUGUCCAGUAGUUUUGGUGGUUUUUGACAAUGUUGACGAAUAUGAAUCCUUUUUGCACAAUGGAUUUUGGACGUUCACCUAUAUGGAGUACUGCAUCAAAAAUAGUAAUUUCUCGAUCAGUAUCAUGCUUGCAGGAAAGGGCUAUUAUUUUGUUGGUGUCCAUUUUGAAGCCAACUCACAUGUCAUGGAAAACAUAACUUAUCGUAUCAAUGGUUGGAAGGAGGAAAACUCAACUAGCUCCUUCACAAGUUUUUGCUCAAUAACAUCCACAGCUACAACAGAGUGCAAUCACAACUUUAACAGUUUUGUGAACACACCAGAAUUGUGUAUCGUAGGAGUUGUUUCCAAACGAAAUGCUAGUGAUGUUGUAAGGAAAGCAGAACUCCAGUAUUCCUAUUCAACCUUCUCAUCAAUAAAUUUACUUGUUGCGUGGCUAAUGAUAAUUAUGCUCUUUCUUGUGUGGCUUUUACUGCCAAUCUUUUACAAUUAUUGCAAGAAACUGAAAACCAACAGAUCAGUUCGAAUCUGUUACAGCCGACAGUCACAUCAUAAGUUUUGUAACUCGAAUCCACUCAAAUUGUGUCUAUACAUAAUGUUAUAUUUAUGUUUUAUUAUAGUUUUUACUUUGUUAAUUUUAUAUAUUAGUUAUACUAUUUUUUUUUAUUAGUCCAGUGUACUGUGUAUUCUGUAUUGUUGAAAAUAAUA